CACCCAUCCUCUUGACCUAGGUAAGUAGUAGCCUCUACCCAAUGAUGAAGCCCCCAAUCCAGUCGCGCCCGCUGACCGAUGGGCAUAGUCAAGGUACCGAAACGCCCCCCAUGCCGUGUUAUGCCGUGAUAAUUGACGGCCUCAAUCCAGGUCCGCCUCCAGACCCACAGCGGCGACAUGCCCAAGACAAUGAGCGGCACUUUCGUGCACAUCGUCAAGCACAACGGCGUGCGCGGGCUAUACAAUGGCCUCUCUGCCUCCCUGCUGCGCCAAAUCACCUACUCCACGACCCGCUUCGGCAUCUACGAAGAACUCAAGUCGCGCUUCACCUCUAAGAAGGAUGACCCGGCGACGGGCAAGCCCAAGCCACCGUCGCUCGCCCUCCUGAUAGCGAUGGCCUCAACAUCCGGGUUCAUAGGCGGCAUCGCCGGCAACGCGGCCGACGUUCUCAACGUGCGCAUGCAGCACGACGCGGCGCUACCCGCGGCCGAACGGCGCAACUACGCGCACGCGCUGGACGGGCUCGUGCGCAUGGUCCGCGAGGAAGGGGUCGGCAGCGUGUUCCGCGGCGUGUGGCCCAACAGCGCGCGGGCGGCGGCCAUGACGGCGAGCCAGCUGGCGAGCUACGACGUGUUCAAGCGCACGCUGCUGCGGCUGACGCCCAUGCAGGACAACCUGGCGACACACUUCAGCGCGAGCUUUCUCGCCGGCGUGGUCGCGGCCACGGUGACGAGCCCGAUCGACGUCAUCAAGACGCGGGUCAUGUCCGCGACGGGCGGCAACCAUGGGGUGGUCGGGGUGCUGAGAGAGGUGUAUGCCAAAGAGGGGAUGCGGUGGAUGUUCAAGGGCUGGGUGCCUAGUUUUCUGCGGCUAGGGCCACAAACAAUCUGUACAUUCCUCUUUUUAGAAUCUCAUCGCAAGUUGUACAGGAAGAUGAAGGGCAUAGAGGAUCCGGUAUGAAUGAACUGAAAGAGCCACUUGAAUAUGGGGGGAUGGCGGGAUAGAAGUCAUAGAGUACAUAGAGCUCUUAGAGGGGAGCGCUAUACCAUGUACAUACGGGCAUAUGGGCACGCGAGGCGUUUGUUUUAGACA